AGUGGUGCCUAAAUUGCGACAACAUUGUUUCAAGCAUCGUAAACGUGUUCUUGGAAAUGGCCGUCGUGGGAAACUGGACUACCGGUAUCGCAUUUACAGACGUCGCCUAGAUUGCCGGCAUGGUAUUCAUAUUCGUUACACCAUGAGCAUAAGCUUGCUAACAAGGGAUAUGGCCAGUUCAGUCCCAUCAACGAGCGGCAGGGUAGCAUUGGCGGAGGCACUUGGGCGUGCGGUUCCGGGCAUCACUUCACUUUUUGCGAGGAGCUUUGCAUCCCUGGUUGGAUCUGGAAUACCCAGCCCCCGACCUGAUGUCGCGCUGCAACUCAGCACGCCGCACGGCGGCCACAUCAACCGGAUGAUCAAUACCGCUGAAAGUAUAGUGGAGCUUGAUUAUGUCUUGCAUAAGUUUAGGAAGUUGCUGCGGCCGUCCAACAUUGGGGCAGCAACCAUGAAGCUGGAGCUCUUGCGCCGGUACGAGCAGUCCACCCCCGCCUCCCACAAGGUCCUGCGGGUGGCUUCGGAGCUUCACAAAUACGUGAACACGUACUCGGACCGUCUGUCGCUGACUCAGAUUGCCAAUGUCGUUCGUGGUAUGAGCAGUGUGCAGUACAGGCUGCCCCCCCAGCUGCUCGUACGACUGGCGGCGGGGGUGAUAGCGGAGGGGGGAGCGGCGCUGCGGUUUGCAGCGGGCGCGGACGUGCGGGACGUGUUUUACGGCUUUGCGGGCCAGGGCUUUACGAAUCGGCGGUUCUGGUCCCAGCUUUGUACGGCAGUCCUGCCGCGCCUCGGGUCCUUCGAUGUCAACACACUCCCUGGCUUGGUGAUGGCGUUGGAGCGGGCGGGGCAGCUGCCCCCACCACCCAGGGGUCAGUCCCAUCAGCAGCACUACUGGCCGCAACAAGCCGCUGCAGAGCUAAGUGACGCUGACGGCACGGCCGCAGCUGCAGCACCAAUCGAAAGCCGCAACGGCGGCGACUCCGCCGCCGCCACCGCCGCCGCCCGAGGAGAUAGGCUGGCAGUAGCAGCAGCAGUCGAAACGGCUUCGGAGCUUUCGGCGCAGGUGGCUGUAGCUCGUGCGGCGCUACAGCUUAUAGCGGGCUCUUUGGACCGGAUACAGCCCGGCAGGCUGGCAGACACCGCCUGUCUGUUGGUGACGGUUGCGCCGCGGUUGGAUGCCGUACAAGUGGACAAGCGACUGGUCUCCAAGUUUCAGUCCGCAGCGAUGCCCGGCCUGCCCUCACUCAACCCCAACCAGCUGACCAACAUGCUGCUGGGCCUCCUGUACCUGAGACACGCAGCCGCCUCCACCUCCGACCCCCCCUCCUCCGCCUCCGCCGCCCCGUCCACCAGCUCCAUCACCCCGCUGGGCCCCCUCCCGCAACACGUCGUGGCCGCCUUCGAGCCGCACCUCCAAGCCGCCGCACCCACCAUGCAGCUCCUGCAUGUCAAGCGGACGGUACAGGCGCUCGCGCCGUCAGCUGCCGCCGCCGUCGCCGUGGCCGCAACAACAGCAGAUGCAGAAGCUCCGAAAGCAGCGGCAAUAGCACCAAAAGCUGCGGCAUCUUCAAAAGCAGAAGCAGGAGCAGUAGCAGCAGGAGCCAGCAAAGGCUCGGAGGCAGCGGCGCUGAAUCGGCUGUUGAACACGCUAGCCCGCCGCGCCGCACUGCUGCUGCCCUCAGCCUCGGAGAUCACCGCUGGAGCCCCCAGGGUGCUGAACCGGGGGUCACUGGCGCGGGUGCCGCGCGGCGGCAAAGAUGCGGGCGCGGUUCUGGCGGCGGCGGCGCCGGCGGGUGACCCGCGGGUCGCUGUGGACACUCCCUUGCUGGGGCUGCUGGAAGGGCUGGUGCGCGUGUACACCUGGGCGAUGGGGGUCAGCGACAGCGCCAUCCCUGCCGCCGUUGCAGUCGCGUCAUCGUCGUCGUCGGAGCAAGCUGUCCUCCGUGCGGCUCGGCGGCGGCAGCUUCCGGAUGUGGCUGUGUUGUUUGACCGUGUGGCAGUGGUGGCGGCGGCGGGGCGGGCUCGGGGCCUGUUGACUGACGGGCAGUCGACGUCGCUAGGGAUCCGGCUACAGCUGCUCCUUGACGAGGCGGCAGUAGCGCCCCUGCUGCUGCUCGUAGGGUCCGGUUCCGUAACCUCCUCGUCCCCCCUCUUGUCCUCCACCGCCUCGUCCACGCCACUCUCCCAACCAAGGAAGUGA